GAUAAGACUGUUGCCAUGGUCCUGAAGGAGAUACCAAGUAAGGCGUCAUCAGAAGGGAAGCCCCUCCUCACAGUGACUACCAAGCUGGUGAGUGAGCAACAAGAGAGCCGCCCGCUUCUGAGCCCUUCCAUUGACGAUUUCCUCUGCGAGACCAAGUGUGAUGGGGUUUCCCGCCCAGUGACUUCCAACACAGCUGUUCUGUCUUCAACCCUGGACCUGCUGGAUCUCAGUGAACCUGGUGAGAGGAGGAGCAGUAAGGACAAGAAGAUUACGCUAACGUCCCGGCGUGACAGCCAGAAGAACAACCACCACAGGAAGAAAACGGAUGAGACGGAGCUGAUCCAGGUGGAAGUUGAACAGACAGGACCAAGCAUGAGGACUAGAGAGAGAGCGUCGCUCGACUCGGGUUCACCAUUGGAUAAAUGGGAAGAGCUGAACCCAAACCCUGAGAGAAAUGGCAACAGAAAAUGGAAGAUGGAAAGACGACGUUCAUCCAAAAAUUCAUCCAAUGAGUUUCUAUGGUCCAUAGACUGUAAAACCCAAUUAGACUCAUCGCAUAACAACUCCUUGGAAGAAAAUACCAAAGUCGACCCGGAGUGUGUCCUAGCAUCUCAACUCAACAGGCAGUAUAUUAGUGGAAGACAUGCUCGUUUGACAAAGGAACCGCGGUGGGGCAGCGCCCUCCUGUCCAGACAUCAGUCCCUUGAGGAGGAGUUUGAGCGGGCCAAGGCUGCUGUUGAGUCAGAUACCGAGUUCUGGGACAAGAUGCAGGCAGAGUGGGAAGAGCUCGCUCGGCGGAACUGGCUGACAGAGAACGAGCAGGCGCAGAUUCCCUCCUCGGUCUCGCCACAUGAGAAGGGUUACUACUUCCACACAGAUAAUCCUUAUAAGGACUUUCCCAACGCAUUUGAAGAGGGACUCAAGAAGUCUCGAGAGGGAGACUUGCCGAAUGCUGUGCUUUUGCUGGAAGCAGCUGUCUUGCAGGACCCUCAGGAUUCAGAGGCUUGGCAAGUGUUGGGGACCACCCAGGCUGAAAAUGAGAACGAGCAGUCAGCGAUUGUCUCCCUCCAAAGGUGUUUGGAGCUCCACCCGAACAACCUGCCCGCCCUCAUGGCUCUGGCAGUGAGCCUGACCAACACUGGAAUGCGUAAUGACGCCUGCGAGGCCCUGCUCCGCUGGUUACGGCACAAUCCCAAGUACAAGCACCUGCUGAAAGGAAAGUCCCAUCUGAUGGGAUCCCCGAACUCCCAACGCAGGAUGUCACAAGCUCCCAACAUUGGCAGCUCUCUGCUACCAGAGGUCAAGGAGCUCUGCCUGGAAGCUGUUCAGCACAACUCGGACAGUGUCGACCCAGAUUUGCAGACGGGCCUCGGGGUCCUUUACAACAUCAGCGGAGAGUUCAACAAAGCUGUGGAGGCCUUCAAUACCGCCCUGUCAGUACGGCCCGAGGACUACUUGCUGUGGAACCGCCUGGGAGCCACGCUGGCAAACGGGGACCGCAGCGAGGAGGCAGUGGAGGCUUACACCAGAGCUCUCGAGCUGCAGCCAGGGUUUAUCAGGUCCCGCUACAACCUGGGCAUCAGCUGCAUUAACCUGGGGUCACACAGAGAGGCGGCCAGUAACUUCCUGACUGCCUUAAGCCUCCAGAGGAAGAGCCGGAGUCGCCAGCAGUCCCACCAGGUGAUGUCCGGAAACAUCUGGGCUGCUCUGAGGAUAGCGUUGUCCAUGAUGGACCAACCAGAACUCUUCCAAGCCGCAAACAUCGGCGACCUGGAUCUCCUCAUGCGGGCCUUCAACCUAGACAUUUGA